AUACGUUUAAAGACAUUUUCCUUUGAUAUUUAAACUGGUGCCCAGACUUUAUGGACGAAUCCCGUUUACGCUUUUUAUCCAGGGAAACGUGGAGAGCGGUUUUUUGGAAGAAACGACUUUCAAAAUUAUUCGGCUCCUAAUUGCAGAACAGCAAUCCGUAAAGGCGUGUGAAUUAAUCGAUUACAUGUUGCGCACCACGCUGGAAGGAGAAAAAGACGAGGUCAUGAACAUAACGAAAAGGCUAACCACUAUAGUCGACCUAUAUCGCGACUUGGGUUACCGGAGGCGCGCUGGUUUCGUAGCAUGGCAAGCGUUUGUGCAAAAUCUGCGACUUCCAGGUGAAGAAAACUUUGACGCACUGUUUUCAGGACUCGCCAUCCAGUUUACCCCGUCAAAUGCGUUCGAUUCAAUCCUUUGGGUCCAUUACACUGAAUCGCAUUCAACUGAAGAUGCGGCAAGGCGACUGUUCCUUCGAUGCCCUGGAACUCCGGCAAACUUAAUUCCCCUGACUGUUCCGGAAACUUCCCUUUGGUUUCGCGGUUCGUCCGGUGGGGUGAGGAGCGGAACACUGGCUCACACCUUUUUCAAACCGAACCGUUCCGCUAAGAGAUGGUGGACAAAAAGUCACAGGAUGUUGCCAGAGCGUCUUACCUAUCGUCACACUGGAUGGGCGUCUCUCCAAGCAUCAGCUGUCUGGAUCAUGAUACAACGUCUAAAGGCCGAUCUCAGGUUUGAUGAUGUUACCGAUAUUUCCUGGGAGAUGGCGUUGCGCUUAACCGGUUUUAUCUUCAGUCUCCUCGACUGUUGGCCAGACUACUUAGAUGAGAUCAGAACUGAAGCAUGUUUGGACGACCUUCGUCGACUGGCGGUCAUGCGCAGCCCAGAUCAACCACGUAUUGCAGAUCCGUCUGCUUCAUUCUUCACCUCCGAUAUUUCUGGUAAUGCCGAUUCUCAGUGUCGUCAUCACAAAAUCCAAGGGGGGUUGGCAAAUGGUUCUUUAUUGAAGCGAAGUUCCGGUAUCUUGAGACAACUUGUGGACCUGUUAGAGGUUCCGACUCACGGGCUACCUUCGGUGCAUCCGACAACAGGUGAACGCGUGCCCUCCCAGCUGUCGCAGUCCACAGAUUCUGCAGUUUACAACACCAACUCCGAUCGUCCACCAGGAUUGUUCUACUAUGCACCAACUGAGCUCAACGGAAAAACACAAGAGAAUUUUAAAGUUAUCGACUGGGUGUGUGAAGAACCGGUGGCGAUCGAGCUGAUGGUGGACAAUCUGUUGCCCGUGAGCCUUCGGCUGUCCGAUAUACGAAUAGAGCUGUCUCAAGUGUUCACCGGACCUAUUACCUGCACUUCAACGCCUAACGCUUCCACCAACGUCCUUUUAUCAUCCGGAAGACCGGGGCCCGUGUUAGUUCACCUCGAAGCAUUUCGUGUCUCGCUGGAGAAAUCUGUCACCGGUGUUCGAACUCCCCUCGGUACUCGUCAUCGUGCUUCCACUCCUUUUACGACUGCGUAUGGAGUGGAAUUAAAUCAAGCAUGCCUUCUGGAAAGUGCUCAUUUCAAGUAUUUGCAUCCCUACGUAAAACUAGACGCUGUGUGGCAGCGGCGCUUAGGCCACGUGCGUUGCACAAUCCCCGCCAAAACCAUCGGUAACCGUCUUGUUAUCCACGUCGUCCCCCCUACCAGUAUGCUACUCGCUGUGGACAAUCAGCCGCACGCGAUUGAAUCAAGCGCACGUUCCUACUACCGUGUUAGCGGAAUCUCUUAUCGUCUCGUGGAUUUUGGUGCCAUGCACGCCUGUUUGCGUGUCCCCAGCGACCUUUUGUAUUUGGAUCCGGUGGUGAACCUGCCACACGAGAUACCCCAGACGCCUGUACAUGAACGACAUUUAAGCCACUCCUCAUCCUCUGCUCUGUCCAUCAGCUCGGGCCUGAGGUCCUCUGCUACUUGCGAGACCGACUCGGCACUGAAUUCAAUCCUCCCAUCCGAUUCUCUACCGCAACAUCCCAUAGUAUCUUUGAUUCGGAACCUGUUUUUUGAUUUGCCAGCCAUUCGUCUCAGACCAGCGAUGCCGCGGCUUUGCAUCUUUCCUGGUAUUGCGCGAAGUGCUCCCACUCUCACGGAGGCUGCCAACUUUCUGCCUCAAUUGACUGUGCCCUUGGUGAACACGGAUAACACAGCUAAGCUGACUACCUCCCCACUUGACAUUUCUGCUCCGAAAUUUCACAUCCCUGUUUCUGAACACUGGUCUCAGCACGUUGCCACGUUGUUCCACGUGAGCGUCUACCCGUACGAAUCCAGGUGGCUUCCACUAAGAAUAUUCGUGCGCGAUGAAGCUCAACAGGCCACUACCUCACCACAGUCCCACGUUAUCCCACCCACCGCUUCUCGUCAACUAAACGUACUACAUAUAAGCGUGAAAUCCACGGAUGAAUCAGCCCAGCUGCUGAGAAAGCUCAAUCUCAUUCCCAACGAUCUUGUCAAAUGUCACAACUGGGAUUCCAUUCAGCGUAAGAUGCCUUUUCCUGUAUGCAACAAGCAAAUUGCUAUGACACCUGUUGUAUGUAUUAGUGAUGGAGUUUACCUCGAGGACGAUUCUGUUUCGCCCACUCACGCAACAGAGUGUGGUCUCAUCUGGCUGUCGUUCCACUCGGAGGCGUUCUGGAGGAAUUUAUACCGGUGGUUCACCCAACCUUUGCGCAGGAAAGAUCAGGACAUGAAGGACAUCGGUUUUCGUAACUCCCAAGCUGUCAUGCUAGAAAUUCAUAUUGAAUAUGCUUUGGAUGCGCCCUGUAAAGAAAACCACUCAACUAUCCAUACGAACGGACCGCAGUUAUUUCCUGAACAGCCAACUUUAGCUCGUCGAGUGGGCAUUGGAAUUCAUUUGAGCUUAUUAUCGUCCAAACACUCGCCUCUUUUGCUCUAUUACCCUCAGCUUACUUUUCGUGACGAGCUUGAAAGGCAAAGUUCGGAUAGCAAGGUGCCUAAUUCGAUGGGCAUCGCUGCAAAUGUGGAUCCUGAGUCCAAGGCGCUGUUUUCUUGCACGCUACGAGCGCGCCUUCCUGCUAGCCUAGUGCCUCGACACCUGCGAUCCCCCGGUCGACAAUAUCGCGUACGUCUGGAAGUUUCAAGUAAAUGGACUACCCCGGGAGCACAAUUGGACCAACCUGCAUUUACUAUCUCUACACCGUGGACUUCGCUUUUCGAACAGAACAGCCACAUUCCAGUGAGUACCCGUAUCAGUACUCAGGCACUCAGCCCAGUCUCAGCCGAACUCGAUGGUCCUGUUAGCCCAUUCGUUUAUACAACCACUGAGAUGUUUCAUAGCUUGGGAGAUUUGGAUGCUAUUGCCGUAAGCGAAACCACUUCGUCGGACCAUCUUACUUAUCACCACCACAUAAAUUUGCCAAUGGAACAAUUGAGCAAUGUGGUAUUUGGUUCUGGAGAUGUACAUUUGGUCAAUUCAAAAGAGUUAUCUACGGAUGAGAUUGGCUUACCUCUCCCAAUGAACACGGAGGCCACAAUUCACUUAAUUGAGUCACACAUAUGGAUCACUUGGAAGUCCUGGUUGGAUGGCCGUCUGUCUCAUUCGCCAAACACUAGCAGCAUGGAACGAUUAAACGUAAUGCUACCAGACUCUCGUUUCUAUCGUUUUGGACGCCUCUGUCUUGCUGCACACAAUGUGGAACUACCUGUUCCUGAGCAACCUUCUCUGGCUGACGCGCAAGCAAAAUCGACCGUUUCACGAUAUUGGUUCGGUAAUGUCUUUACCAACUUGGCAUCCACUGCUGGUCUUCUUUGGUGUCAUAAUCUUCACCUGACACUAAAUAUGCCCAAACCUAUGUCUCGGCCUGAGUUUCCAGAAUUCAAUUUGCAAAACAUCUGUCACAGUUGCCUCGGCGAUUCGGCUGGUCGAAAGAUCUUACCCUCCUUCAGUCGCUGUAUGUCUCAGCCAACCGAAUCGUUUUCCUCACACAUGCCAAAAGCCACUACUUCUCAACCGCUUGGGGGAUUAGAUGAAAUCAAUGAAAAUACUCCAUGGGAUUCCGCAGCCAACCCUGCUCCACACCGUCGCUUUUCUAUACCGGAAUUCCGUCACCCUCGUCAACUACAGGGUGUGCCUGCCAAUCUGUUGCCAUCAUUCCUCCACAUUUGUGUGCCCCUUAUGAGCCCUCUACCGUUGAGGGUUGAAAGCCGUGUAGCCUACAACCCUAUGGAUGAUCUGCAUGUGGUGGACCCACGUAAGCAAACGACAGGUUCCUAUGUGUUUGUGGUGAGCGUUUUGCGGUUACAACUCAAUAAACGGUACCAUAUACUCCAGUUGUGGGUCCGAAAACAUUUAGAUAAAUAG